AUGGGGUCCAGGCGCCGCCUUUGGAGCGGUGGACGCGCGUUGUCGGGUCUGGCGCCAGCGCGGCGCCGCGCUGCCAGCCCCGCCGAACCCACCCGCAACUCACCCCUGCUCCCGCCCUCGCCCCGCGCACGCGACCGCGCGCAGCCCUGCUGCGCGCGCACCCCGACGGUGACCUACCUCGGCGUGAGCCCGCCCGUGCGGUCGGGCGCCGCAAACCCCUGGGCGCACGACCGCAGCUGGACGCGCUCGGCGUACAACGCGUCUCACACAAACCUCCAGGCCCUCCGCGAGCUCGACUCCACCGGCGAGUCCUUCCUGCGCGCCGGGGGCCGCCCGGCGCCGCGCAGCGCGGCCGCGCCGGGCGGCGCGCGCGUGGACGCAGCUAGCCUGGUGCUUGCGUCACCGGACCCGCUGAUGCCAUGCUCGCUGUCGGCGGCCGCGGCGCUCGAGGAAGGCCUGGAGAACGGCUGCUGCGCGUCUGGCUCCGGGUCAGAGGACGAGGAACGCCUGUCCGACGCUGGCUCUGAGGCGGCGGCGGGCACGGCGCCCUUUGCGCUGCCGGCGUCCGCCUCCGACCCGCCGCGGCACGACCUGGGGCGCGUGCGCACGCCCUUUGGCAGGGCGGCGGGCGCAGCGCCUACUGACGGCGCAAAGUUGCCUCUUGGGCCGCCCCCGCAGCCUGCGGCGCAGCUGGCUCCGCAACCUAUGCAGCAGCAGCAGCAACAGCAGCGCGCAUGCGGCAAGCAGCACGCGCUCGAGCCCUUUGCUUGCCACACUCAAUACUAUGUCUGA